CAGCGGUGCCUCGGGGAGGGCGGGCGCAGAGUGCCGGCGUGCACGCGCGCAUGAUUCAGCAGCUGCUCGCCGGCGCGCUUCGACGCGCGCGCGGACACGCGAAUUGCCGCGCGCGUCAUCCCCGGAGCACCGGGGCCGUGCGUGCGUGCGUGCGCCGGACGUUUUUCUUCCGCCACCGCGGGAGAGCGACACACACACCGCGUCCUUUGUCGCUGCUGCGGACGAGUGACGUCAGCGGCAGCCCCGCCAUUUCCGCAUCCUUGGCGCGGCGCGCGGACAGCUCUUGCUCAGCAGGUGGUCUAUGUCUUUGUCCGCCCCCGACAUGCCCACCAUGGUGUCCAGGUUGCCGAAAUUUGCUUCGUGGUCCAAAAGCGGCGCCACACCCGCCUCCCCGACGGCUUCCGCCACCACCCCUGGCCAGCGGGGGGCCGGCAGUUCCUCCCCCGGACCCCCCGCCUCCGUGAGACGGACAGGGUCCAUCCGCACGCCCACGGACUAUUCCACCAUGUGGAGGAAAGACGGCGGGGUCACGGAAGGGGGCGGGGCUGACAGGGAGGGGGCGGGGUCAAGGGGUGUCGAUGUCAAGCACCAUCUGAACAGAACCGCUCCCAAUUCUCCGGUGGACUCAAAGAAGCCCUCGUGUCCUGUGAAGGAGUCCAACAAGUCUCAAACACUUCCUGUUUCUAAAAGUGGACUUCCUGUUUCCAAGCGGAAGCCAAGCGGGUCGACCCCGACCAAACUUCCUGCUCUUCCUGGGUCCAAACUUCCAAGCAGAACCAGCAGCUCUGUGAGGCCCCAUCGGUGGUCCACUGGAUCUAGUGCGGCCACACCAGCACCUGGUUCUGGUUCUAGAACUGGUCCCCCCCUCCAUGCCGCUCUAACAGCCACCCGCUCGCUCUCCACCGGCAACCUCGGGUCGGUGCCACCGUCCCGCCUCGCCACAAACGACCGUUUGCGCUCACGUAGCCUGAUGGCGGUCCAGCGGCGUCCCUCGCCCUCCACCUCUAACACCACCGCCAAGCAGCCCGUCACUUCCUGUGCUCCACCUUCUGCUCAGGUGUCAGGUCCAGCUCCAGAGGGCGGGGGUCGGGGCGAGGCCCUCAAAGCAACCCCUUCUGCCUCGAAGAAGCCCCUCCUACCUGGGCUCAGCCCCGCCCCCAAGUUUAAUGGCAUCAGCUACAAGCUCUCACGGCCAUCGCUCAUUAAGACGCCCCGCCCCCUCCGAGCGACCCCCGUACACAAGUUCCUGAGGGACCCUGAAGUGGGCCGAGGAUCCUCAGUGGGGACGGCGUCCUCCACAGGAAGUAGUCCAGAGAGCCCUCCAGAGGGCCCAGAGUCUGAGGGGCUGCCGUCCCAGAGGGAGAUGUCUAUUCUGGGGGAGACGAUGGAGGAGAUGUCCCUGUCGUCCAGCUCGUCUCUGGACCAGAACCACACCAGUCAGGAGUACAUGGACGACUUUGACGACCUGGGAAACGGAGGUGUGGGCGUCGUCCUGCUCGCCAAAAACGACGAAGACGACUCCGGUCUGGACCGGACGUGUACCGCCUUCCGUGACCACGGGGUGGCGGUCAAUGGCGUCACCGAGGCGACAGAACUGAACUUUGUGGACCAGAGUUUGGACUGGGCUGUCAGGGCUGGUGAAGGACAGAACCAGCUGGGUCCUUUCAGCCAGCCGGAGUACCAGGAGCAGGGUUGCUCGUCCCUGGACUUGUCGCCCUCAGACAGCUACGGUUCUGGCGGCAUCUACAUGUGGGACGAGGAGGGUUUGGAGCCGCUGGGGGGCGCCGCCAUGGACUGCAGCGUGGCGCGGCGGGUCGGCAGCUUCGACUCUGACGUCAACGGCAGCGACGUGCUGACCAACGUGGACUCUUGUGACUUGGACGAAGACGACCUCAUGCUGGACGGAGACUCUCCCGAGGACACGUCCCUGCGCGACGCAGAGGAAGACGGGGUGUCCCGCAUGGCCGAGUGGAGGCGGAGACAACUGUGCUGGGGGACGCAGGAAGUCCACGAUGGCGACGACAGCGAGCCAGAAUGCUACAAGCUGAGCCAGGAGGACGCGGGCGGAGACGCGGUCCUCGGUCCUCACAGGCCUGCUGUGGAGGAGCUGCUGGGAGACUUUGGCGCCGUCAGGUCACAGCUGGAAGUCCUGAGGAGGUUACUUCUGCAGGACCAGGACCAGGACCAGGACCAGGACCACACGCUGACCACUGACACGCUGAGCCCUCAAGGUGCCCACCAAUCACAGAUUCUGCUGCAGGAGGUGCAGCAGCUGAAGGAGGAGCUGAGGAACAAAGAUGACAUUAUCUCACAUCUCACACAGCAACUGCAGGCUGUUGCCGUGGCAACCAGCAGGUGUCGCUGCCAGAAAGCAUCUGUCAGGUUGGAGCGACACACGCAGACAAGCAUGGCGGCGAAGGAGUGUGUCGCCUCGCAGACCACCUGGAGGGUCGCCCCCCCUGUCGCCUUCCUGUCUCCUCCCUGGCAGUACCAACGUUCUACACCAUACGGGGGGAGACCCCGGCCCAGCAUCCCCCCUCACCUCGCCAGGAAGAUUACAGGUACUUCGCUCCUCCCACCAGGAAGAGUAGAACCCACUAGCAAGCAUAAGCUCCUCCCACCUCGCGCUGCACAUCACGGACCGCCGUGAGGCCGACGCCCAGCAGGUGGCCUCCGUCCGCCUUCCAAGCCCCGCCUCUUCCGGUCCCGCUUCAGACGCCGGCGUGGCAAGAAGGGUCAGAGCGCCGCCUUCCUUCCCUUCGCCUGCCGGGCGAGCUGUCGGCGUCCCGGGCCGCCUUCCCAGCAUGCAACAGGAGGGCUGGCCUUGACUUGAACUGUGGAAGUGAAUUAUUGAGCACUGUGACUUUAAGAAGACGUAUUGCAACACCUCACAUGGAAGAUGCACUGGCCCUUUAAGAGCCCCCCCCCCACCCCCC